CCGGUCAAAGCGGCCAGGCCGCGCCAGCUUCCGUCUCCUGCGACCAGAUAUUUUCGAGCCUUCUUCUCGGCAUCGGAGCGAAGAAGCUUUCAUGGAAUAAAAGGAACUUUCGUGAGGAAGAUGCGUCGAAGUUCAUAAUUGUUAUCUGAAUUCUCCCACACAAUGGCAAGAAAAGGCAUCUCGCGAACGUAUCGCGCCCCUCUUCGAGAACUCGGGCGCUUCCAGAACUUUGGCCCCAUGACCAUCAUCCUCGUAGAGUGCGCCUUGUGCCGUGCUGGUGUUUAUCGAGAUGCCAUGCUGAUAACAUGGAGUUUUCGUUCUUUCAUACAAUCGAAGCGAUCAGCGUAGCAAGAACUUACGUACAAGUGAAGAUGGGCAGAUGUUCCACCUUGCCAUAGAAGGGAGACCUCGACGGACGCAGCUGCAAAGAGACCUCUAAAAGCGUCCAAGAGAUGGAAGAGAACAAGAAUCACCCUUUUGGAAUCAUCAGUUGUGAGAUGGACAGAGCUUGUGGCAGCAAGAUCCAAGUUCUCCAAGUAUGUGAGAAUGCAGAAAAUCAUCUCUUUGGAGUUAUUCUGGACUAUAGAUACAAAUUUCGACAUGCAAGGAGUGUGAGAGAACAUAUUAAAACAAGUGAAAUUACAUUUGAUUUAUUCUAUCCAUUUCUUUGUCAAUUAUAGGAAGAUUGUUUUCAUUUCUCAACAAAGACCAUAUAUUAACUUCACACAAAUGAUGCCAAUCACCAAACGUCAUCAUGAGCAUGCUAUGCUUAUUGGAGGAGACAAAAACAACUGUGGGAGUAUCCUAUCAAGCUUAUUUUAAAAAAUUUAAAAUGGAAACCAGAGUAGCUCAAAUAAGUAUAAUGAUGAAAGAUAUGUCAUCUGAAGUACCCC